AUGUUCGCUCAAAUGAACGCUAAUCUUCGCGUCAAACGUACAGUCUUCCGCACGUCCGGUAUCUACGUCAAAUUGCCGUGCUCGGGCGACAUCACAGACGCUUGCUGGCGACCGUCGACAUUCACGAUCAAGGAACUAUCGACAGGCCAAUAUGCCGUUUUCUUAGUCGACAGCUUCGACAGAAGCCGAUCCGGAUCAUCCGUCUUUGAUGCAAAGUGGACGAUGGACGCCCAUCAGAGCGAUGGCAUUCUGUCAUGGUCGAAUGGCCAGGCGGUCUACCAAUUCAUGCUUCGUAGCUUCAGCGUUUCGAAGUAUCUGUCUUUGAUUCGGGCGUUCGCGGGAGGUCUGAGGUUGGCGCACGAACAACUCCAGGCAUUGGAAGGCCUGCUAUCCGCCCACCUCGAAGGCGAGCCGUCCGACGUCCAGCCCGGCCAGGACAUAGAAGACGGCGUUGACAUCCAGGAGGAGGUUCUGAUGAAUGUUGAUGGAGGUGCACUCUACUAG